AUGGGUGUCGACGUCCUCAAGAAUGGCGGAAAUGCUGCAGAUGCUGCCGUAACCAGCACACUUUGUAUAGGAGUAAUGAACAUGUUCUCCUCUGGCAUCGGCGGCGGUGGUUUUCUCCUCCACCGCACCCCCGAGGGUGAUAUUUCAUCCAUUGAUUUUCGCGAAACUGCGCCUGGAUUAGCAGAUCCGUACAUGUUUUACGAACAUCCACAUUCGGCGCAGAUUGGCGGGCUUGCAGUUGGUACACCUGGUGAACUCGCGGGUUUACAUGCCCUCCACGAGCAAUAUGGAAGUCUUGAAUGGAAAGACCUCGUACUCCCUGCCGCUGAGCUUGCUAAAGGAUGGCCCGUUCCUAAGGAACUCGCGAGAAGGAUCGAAAUUAGCAGAGAUUGGAUUCUCAAAGAUCCUAUUUGGAAAGAAUGGCUCGCUCCACAUGGCACAACCCUCAAAGAGGGUGACUGGAUAGCAAGACCAGCCUACGCAUCCACAUUGGAGACUAUAGCCGAGCAGGGUGUCAGUGCCUUCUAUGAAGGCGAAAUAGGCGAAUCAUUUGUCAGGACAGCGAGAGACGCGGGUGGUAUACUCACAGUCGACGACCUCCAUCACUACAAAGUUGUUUAUGGUAAGGGGUAUAAUACAAGUGUAAACGGACUCGAUGUUCAUACCUGUGGAUUCCCUACAUCUGGACCUGUGAUGCUUUUCAUGCUCAACGCAUUGGAAAGCCUUGAUAUGGUACCGCCGCGUAAAACUGCAGACGAUCUGCACAAAUUCAUCGAAACUAUGAAAUUUGGUUUCGCGGAGAGGACACGGAUUGGUGAUGUGCCAUUCAUGAAUGAUACAACCGCAAUGCUUAAUAUGCUCAACAAGUCGUAUGCACAGGAGACUGUAGAUAAGAUAACGGAUAGAACUCACACAUGGGAGUACUACGGACCAGACUUUGAAGGGAAGGAUACGCACGGCACGACACACCUCACCCUUGUAGAUGAUGAUGAUGGCGUUGUGACGCUGACAUCGACAGUUAACGGCUUGUUCGGCUCACACGUACUCGACGAACAUACAGGUAUUAUACUCAACAACGAGAUGGACGAUUUCAGUAUACCGGGUCACCCUAAUAUGUUCGGCUUAUGGCCUUCACCUUAUAAUCUCCCUGAGCCAUACAAGCGUCCAUUAUCGUCUACAGCGCCUACUAUCGUCGAGCGUGAAGGUAACCUCGUAGCUGCACUGGGCGGUAGCGGGGGUAGCAGGAUAUUCGGAAGUGUUUUACAGACUCUCUUGCAUAUUCUUCAAGGUUACAAUCCGUCAGCUGCUAUAGAAGCGCCUCGCGUACACGAUCAACUCUUCCCACCUGUUGUUACCUUUGAGAGCGGUUUCAGCAGGCAUUUAAUCAGGGAGAUGAGAUUGAGAGGCCAUAACACCACCGUCUUUGACUUCAAUUUGGGCGCUGCUGACGUACAGGCCGUCACUAUCGAGGAUAAUUUCAAAUAUGCCGCUUCGGAUUCACGUAAAGGCGGUGUAGCUGCCGCAUAUUAA